UAAACGGACAAGGCGUAAAAAUGCCACCAUGUUUAUCGCUGGAGGGAUCAACAACAUGUCCAGCAUUUUCACAAUAUUCUAUUUCCUCGGCAAUGUUCAAUUACGGCUCUGAUGGUUUAAAUUAUAAUUGGCUGUUGGGAGCCAGUUCAAUACAAGAGUUUGAUUUAUUACUGCGAGACUAUGUUAAUAAUGAUUAUGUUAAAUCUUAUUACAUAGAAGGAUUAAAUUGUACAAAUUUCGAUUCAAAAAGUAUGUACGUUAGGUACACUACUACAAUGAUAUGUGCUAGAUUAGUAGAAAGUGUACCUUCCAGAAUGUGCCCAUCAGAAAAAGCAAUUGAAAGGAGGUUAAUAUGCAAUAAAACUUGUAAUAGCCAUUUAUCAUCAUUGAUAGAAUCUACAAAAAAUUCUACUAUAUGUCCAACAACAUCCGAUACUUCUACAAGAUCUGUAAGAUUAAGUCUUCUAAUUGAUUGGUGUGCCGAUGGAAAUUACACUGACACUUCGCCAAGUUGUAUAUCUGGAGAACUAAAUGAGCAACUUAAUUGUGGAUUUCAACAAGAUGUAAAUUCAUUUUGUAAUUUUUGUAACAUAACCACAUCUGGUAAUAAUAAUCAAUGUUGUCAAAAUACAAAUACAAAUUGUCCCAAGACUAAUUUAUUAAGUACAUCAACAAUACCUGACCCACCUUCGCAAUCACCUCAAAUAACAACACCACCUUCACAACCAAACCCGCCGCACUUAAAAUCAUCUCAAAUAAAAAUAGAGGUUAUAAUAGGCAGAUCAAAUGAUAAUAAUAAUCAUAAGAAAAGAUCUUCGUUUUUCUCUGUUCCAUACUUUAAAGCACCUAUAUUAAAUAAUUAUAAUAGCGGAGAUGGGAGAUCGGAAAUGAUGAGCCGAUUUUCACAUUCUAGUAUAACACCAAAUCCAUCAACUGGCGGCACAUCUUCUUUGCUUAACAGUGUAUCAACACCAUUCUCGGAUAUAGGAAGUGAACUUGUCAUAGUGGUGUUUCCUUAUAGUUCACGACUUCCUGAUGAAUUAGAUUUGAUGCCUAAUGAUACGAUUAUUGUAAACCAAAUAUUUGAUGAUGGAUGGGCAGUUGGAACAAAUCAAAAUACUGGUAACAAAGGUGCAUUCCCAGUAGUUUGUGUUGCAAGCCCAAAUCUACUUAAAUAUGAUAUUUCAGAUAAUGUUAGUAGUAGUAAUUAUGGUGAUGAUAGUGGUGAUGACAUUGGAGCUGGAGCAGGAAUUGGAGUCGGAGGAAAUGAUAAUAGUAAUUUUAUUAAUCCAUCAUCACUUACAAUUCAAUCAUUAGAAAGUGGAAUCAUAUUUCGUAAUACACCAACACCUUCUUCACAAUUAUCAGAACCAAGAAAUUACAACAGACUUAAAGGUGACAAAGUUGAUAUUAGUAAAGUUAAUGAUAGUAGUAGUAAUAGUGGAAGCGAUGAGGGCAAUGAGGAAACUCUAAUAACAUCAUCGACAAAUUCUUGA